UAGCUAUACGAAAUGUCUGUUGGAGAACCGAAGUCGCAAGAAAAUGCUGUUACAACGGAAGUAUCACCAGAAAUGAUGAUGAAGCAUCCACUCCAGCACGUAUGGAGUCUGUGGUUUUACAAAAAUGAUCGCACAAAGACCUGGGAGGAAAACUUGACUGAAAUCGCUUCAUUUGAUACCGUCGAAGACUUCUGGUCUCUUUAUAACCACAUCGAAAUUGUUAGCAAGCUUCCUCCAGGUUGCGAUUAUGCCUUGUUUAAGCACGGCAUUAAACCGAUGUGGGAAGAUGAAAAAAAUAAACACGGUGGUAGAUGGCUCAUUAAUCUGCAGAAAUACCAAAGGAAUCCCGACUUGAAUAGCUGCUGGCUGGAAGUUCUUCUGUGUAUGAUUGGCGAAGCUUUUGACGAUUAUGGCGAAGAUGUGUGUGGUGCGGUGGUGCAAGUUCGCGCCAAAGUGGACAAACUCGCCUUAUGGACUGCUGACGUGGAAAACAAAGAGGCAAUCAUGAGGAUCGGUGAACUUUUGAAGGAUAGAUUGCAUAUCCAUCCAAGGAAUGGAAUGAUAGUUUAUGAACCACAUGCAAAGUAAGUCUUGGAUGGUAAAUG